ACAGCUCCUCCUUAAACCCUUUCGUUCCAUCACGAAACGAAAGAGCCUUCUUCCCCAAACCCAACCCUCCAGAAGUACCACAGUCUCGUCCAAAAAUGGUGAGCCAAAGACAGAGACUAGCUCGCAAGAGGUACAGGGAAGCAAACCCUGAACUUUUUCCUAAGCCAGAGCCAACGCCCCCAAAAGACCCAGACAGGAAGAAGAAGAAAACGAAGAGCAAGUUCAAGCGCAAAAGGACAGAAUCCAACGCACCCAAUGACCCAAGCAAACCAAUUAGAAAGGGGUUUAAGAAACACCCACUUCGAGUCCCUGGGAUGAAGCCUGGUGAGAGCUGUUUUAUUUGCAAAGCUCAAGACCAUAUUGCCAAGCUUUGCCCUCAGAAAGCUCAAUGGGAAAGGAACAAGAUAUGUUUUCUUUGUCGGCAACGAGGGCAUAGUCUCAAGAAUUGCCCUAACAAUGAUGAUGAGACAGUGGAUAAGAAGUUUUGCUAUAAUUGUGGGGAAACUGGGCAUUCCCUUGCUAUGUGCCGCCAACCUAUUCAAGAUGGAGGAACUAAAUUUGCCGAUUGCUUCAUAUGUAAUGAACGCGGACAUUUGAGCAAGAAUUGUCCUCAGAAUACUCAUGGAAUCUAUCCGAAGGGUGGUGGUUGUAAAAUAUGCGGUGGUAUAACACACUUGGCGAAAGAUUGUCCUAACAAAGGCAACCAAGCUGCUAGUGGAGCGGGUAACACAUCGAUUGUUGAUGAUGAAAGGCCAAGAGGAAAGGUGACCAAAUUUGUUAGUGGCGACGAUCUUGAGGAUGAUUUCUUGACUGAUGACACAUAUAGUGCCAACAAAGAUAAGCCCUCUGAGUCAAAAGUUGUCAAAACCGCGAAUGCGGCGUCUGGAAUGGCUGUGAGUGAUGAAUGCAAACUGAAGUUCUUGGAACUAAAAACAAAGAGGAACUACCGGUUCAUUAUCUUCAAGAUUGAGAAUCAGGAAGUGGUGGUGGAGAAAGUCGGAAGCCCAGAUGAAACCUAUGACGACUUCACUGCAUCUAUUCCUGCUGAUGAGUGUCGCUAUUGUGUCUUUGAUUUUGAUUUCAUCACUGAAGAGAACUGCCAGAAAAGCAAGAUUUUUUUCAUUGCAUGGUCGCCAGAUACAUCAAGAGUGAGAAGUAAGAUGGUGUAUGCCAGCUCCAAGGAUAGAUUCAAGAGGGAACUGGACGGCAUUCAAGUGGAGUUACAAGCAACAGAUCCUAGUGAAAUGAGCCUUGACAUUGUAAAAGGGCGAGCACUUUAAA